AUGUCUUGUCUCCCAGGGGACUGUCUGUUGAUGAUUUUUGCUCAUUUUGAGGAUGACGAAUGUACGCUUUACGCUUGCGUGUUGGUUAAUCGUUUGUGGUGCUUAAGCGCCAUCAAGCUCUUGUGGAGAAAUCCGUUUCUCUUCGUUCGACCGGCAAACGGUUUGCUCAUUGAACUCGAUCAACUUUGUUCGACCAACGGAAAAUUUAUGAAUACUCUGAUGGAAUGCCUGAUCCAUAAUCAAAAAAUUGAACAUGAAGAAGAUAGUCCCGCCGGUCACAAGAAUCAACAACUUUUUGAUGGAAUAACUCAUGAGUUAUCCCGACCGACUUUUAAUUACGUUCAAUUCAUCCGUCACCUUGAUUUAGUUGAUCUGGGAUCCGCAAUUGUAUAUUGGGUUGAGUAUAACUUUUCAUCGAAAUUCGGUAGAUCAAUAGAGGAGGAGCGAACUCGCGAUGCAAUUAUUGCAUCAUUAUUGCUUAGAGUCACUAGAGUAAACCAUAAAGAAUCUAUAAUCAAAGGGUUAACCAAUAGAAUAUGUCAACUUUUAGUGCAGCAAAUUACGAAAUUAGACGUUCUUACCAUGAAUCGUCAGAUUUCUGUUGACAUUGAUGAGAGUUUGGAAAAUCUUCAAGAAAACAUAUUAUUCGAUAAUAUUGCCGAUGGUUUUUUAUCAAUUACAACUUGUCCUGAAGCAAAUACAUGCUUCUCCCACCUUGUUGAACUCGAGUGGAUUGUGUUUGUGUCGAAAGAAUCGUGGACGACAACAGGUUUUCACGAGAUGUCUAAAUAUUGUCAUAACUUGCAGAAAAUGGUAUUGGAUAUGAAUGAUAUAAUGCCGCCAUCUGCACCUCCCGAAUUAAUGGCAUUUAUCACCUCUCAAAAGUCACUAUUGGAGUUUGAACUCCUUAACUGCGAUAUAAAAAGUGCGCACAUUGCCCUGGGAUUGAAGAGUCAAUCAAAGUCUUUGACACGACUCACAUUUGUUUGUGUUAAUGUACUUAGAUCUGAAUACAUAUCAGACGUGGUGCAUCUUGCGAACCUGGAAGAAUUAACCUUUAUAAAUGGAAGUCUUGUCAAUCAGGAAACUUGGCCAUUAAGCUUUGUCCAUUUUCCGCGAUUGGUAAAAUACAAAUUAUAUGACCUCGAUCCCCCUGUGAUAUCGGUGAAUCAAAAUGUUGCCAUAGCGAGUUCAUCAUGCUCAAUGUUAACAUCGAUAAUUUAUACUUGCAUGGAUUUUCCGGUGGGUAGUAAUGCCGAUUCUUUUCUCGACACAGUCGGUCGACGAUGUAAAAGUCUCAACCAUUUCGAAAUCGAUGCAGUUUUCACCGCAUUACAACCCCUGAUUUCGAUAUUCAGUCUGCCCAACCUUGAAUCCAUUAAUUUAAACACGGCGUGGGCCGACAUUGUGGAUAUUGAAAGAUUAUUAACGAGUGGACAAAUAUCACCAAAACUACGUAAACUGGUGUUAGAAGGACCUUGGAAAUUUACAGCCGAGGCGUUGGAAACGUUUUUCACCAAUCUAAUAUCACCACUUGAUAAUUUCGUGUUAACGGAAUCUGAAUGUCUAGAGGGAAACCACCUUGAGAUAAUAUUGAAAUAUAUGAGUAGUCCAUCACAACGAUUUCAUAUUUCCAAAUAUCGAGAGACUGAUAUGGAGAUUCAAAAGAAUCGGGAUAGUUUAACGUACAUAGUGAAAGACAUUUGGAGUGCCAGUUACAUCAAGAACACCCUCCUGCCUGUUAUCCGAUAUUGCAAGGACCUUACCUAUUUCAAAUGUGAAGCGGAAGUAGGAUCAAUUACCUCGAUAAUGUCGGUACUUUACUCCUCACCAAAGCUCGAAACCUUAAUUAUUAAAAGAAAGGAAUUCUCCGCAAAUGUUGAUUUAAUGUUCCAAAUGCAACUGUUAUGCAACUUGAAUCAUCUGGAGCUACAUGGAAAAUGGAAGUUUACACCAUUAGCGUUAGACACGUUUCUUGCUAAAUCCAAACCACCACUUGAUACCUUGGAAAUAACUAGAUCUGAAUGUUUCAGUGAUGUACACCUUCAAGUCGUUUUAUGUCGAUUGAGAGGAAUAAUCAAAAGAUUCAAAGUUAAUACGAGCAUAAUAUUGAGCGAAGAAGUGCAAAAUAUGGCUAAAGAUAUUAUCGAGAAUUUUGAGUAUUCCCAAAGUUUCAAAGAAGAGAACAUUUUGGCAUCUCAUCUUUAG